ACGUGUAAUGUUGAGUUUGGCUGUGCUUUGCAUGCAUCACUUUAGCUUCAAAACACCAAGGCCAUCCUUGUUAUAAUAUACAACCAAUAUAUGGUUUUGGGGGACUUUUGUGUUAAUAAGAAUCCCCAUGUCUUCUUGUAGUAAGAGUUUAAGUAGUUCUAGUGAAGAUGACAGUGAGCUUCGAAGAGGCCCAUGGACACUAGAAGAAGAUACUCUGCUCAUUCACUACAUUUCUCAUCAUGGUGAGGGAAAAUGGAAUUUGGCAGCUAAAUCUUCAGGAUUGAGAAGAACUGGAAAGAGCUGCAGAUUGAGAUGGCUUAAUUAUCUAAAACCAGAUGUGAAGCGCGGAAAUCUUACUCCUCAAGAACAGCUUUUGAUUCUUGAACUCCACUCCAAGUGGGGCAAUAGGUGGUCAAAGAUUGCACAACAUCUACCCGGAAGAACUGACAAUGAAAUCAAAAAUUAUUGGAGAACUCGGGUGCAGAAACAAGCAAGGCUUUUCAAGAUCGAUACAAAUAGCACAGCAUUUCAAGAAAUCAUCCGGUUCUAUUGGAUGCCAAGGUUGCUUCAAAAGAUAGAAGAAUCAUCAUCUUCUUCAGGCAUGAUAUUCCAAAACUCAGCAAUCCCUCAGCCUCUUGACACUGCCUAUCAGCAUUCAGCAGCAGCAGCACAAGUUCCUCCUGGACAGGGCCCUCUUUAUUUGAGCCAAAGUUUGAAUCACCAUGAGCAGAAUCCAGACUCAGAUCAGCACUGCACCAGUUCAGUGAAUUUCUCUCAAAUACCUCAACUUUCAGAAUAUCCGAGUUCUGGUCCAUUUCAUGCCAUAGCUGACAAUGAGUAUGAAACAUUUCUGAAGGGAUGCUAUCAUGCUGAUAACAGUAACUAUGAGAUGGAAACCUUAAACUUGGGAAGUAUCCGAGCACCAGGGAACUUUGAGAAUUUGAUUAGCAAUUCCCAUGCUGUAGAAAGAAACUGGGUUGAUAAUGAUUUUUCAGGUGGCCUUUGCAACAUGGAAGGAUUAUGGCAGACGAGGAACUAACAAGGGGAAACUCAGGAUCUUGUUUUUUGGGAGAACUCACAAAACAGUUGAUCAAGUUUUGUGACAUAUAUUGAUUUGUUUCUUGGAUUAUAUUAUUAGGGUUAUAAGCUUUUUUGAUUUAUCUCUGUUGAUAUUUCAAUCAAAAUGAAAAAAAA